GCAAAUAGUAGUUCUGUAACCCAUAUACCAUUUCAACUUGCAAGGGUCGUUUAUAAGAUUUCCAGGCCUUCAUGAUUUGCAAGGGCUUAUUUUAAUUGAAUAUAAUCUAAACGUUGUGAUAUUCACUUUUAAUUAUUUCUUAGAAAUAUUAUUAAAUUAUAUAUCUUUGUAUUAUUAAUUGUAAAUGCAACUAAGAUUUUGGUGUGUGACUAUAAUCCACACUUGUGCACUAAUUUUUUAUUCGUAGAAGCAGCUGUUUAGCUCUUUCUAAAAAGCAACUCCUUCCUUCCUACCACAUUCGCACUAUGCAUGCAAUGCAUAGUUGCAUACACAUGCCCCUAUAUAUACAAUCCCAUGAUCAAAUCUUCUCUUCACCACAGAAACCAGAAACAUACCCUAAGUCUCCGUUCUUCAUACCCAAUAUUAGACAGUUUCUUGAAAUGGGAGCUGCUUCUCUCUGCCCUUCCUCUCUUAGCUGUGAAAUAAGAAUAGUACAAGCCAAAAACAUAGAACUCAAGUCCCAUGGUAAUCUUUUCGUUAGAUUCUAUCUCCCUGCUGGAAACAAGAAGAAAAUCCAACUAAACAGCCAAGAAAUCUCCUCCAAAUCCAACCUCCUUUGGAACCAGUCCUUCUCAUUGGAAUGUUCAGGCACUGAUCAAGACUCCAUUAGCAACUUAAAGCAAGAGAGUGUGGUUUUUGAACUACGGUGGCGAAACACAAACCCAAUUCUUGGUAAAAUAUCAGGAGGGUCACAACUCUUGGGGCGAGCUGAGAUCCCAUGGAAAACAGCUGUGGAAUCACCAAAAAUGGAAAUAGAAAAGUGUUUUAUGAUGCUCUCAAAGAAGACCUGUAGUUUACUUGUUGAUGGUGUUAAACCUCCUUCACUGCAAAUAUCAAUGAAGGUUAGAGUCCCAAAAAUGGAGAAGAAGAAGAAGAAGAUGUUAAGGGAUGAGUGUGGGUGCUGCAGCGGAAGUGGGUGCAAAUGUGAAGAUUAUGAGAUGUUUGCACUAGUGGGUGCUUUCGAAGCACCAUAGACACUGAGGAUUGGCAAAGCCAAAGCAUAUUAUUUUACAGUAGUUUGAAAAAAAGUCAUUUUAUUAUUUUUAAUAUUUUUAUUGUAUGUUUAAUUAUAUUCAAUAAAAAAAAAUUUAAUUUUAAAUUAUUUUAUAAUAUUCUCUCAUUAAUAUAUUUAAAAAAAAAUAAAUUUCUCAAUGGGCAACAGUAGCUCCAUAGCAAACAAACUGUGCUGAUUUGAAGUGAAAGAAGGUGGGUGAGGCUGUACAAACACACCCCUGCACUGCACCUGCAGCUUUUUUGCUCAUUAGAUGUUUCCUGAUUAGCAAGAAAAUAGGAGUUGAUGGGAGUAUUGUACCUCUCCUUUCUUAGCAAUUUCUUUGUUUAAUUUUCUCAAUACAAGCAAAGAGAAAUGUUGGAGUUCUCUUUCUCUCAUUGAUCAAAUUUCCCUUUCACCCUAUACCCAUCAUCUGAAUUUUCCAUAUCAUUUGUGAUGUGAGAACUACUCUGAAUGGGUUAUCAUUUUUUCUUUUUUCUCUUAAAAAAUAAGUGAAAAUUUUCAAUCUGA